AAGCGGUUACUAGGCAACCAGUUUAACUCCCUCCCGUCUGGGCAUGGACACAGUCACGAGCCGCUCCAAAAUAGCAGCAAAUGUGGUAGGUUUACUGGCUAGCUAGUACUGCAGCAAUGUAGUAUAUGGACAACUACAGAUGUGUGACAGCUGGGUGGAGAAACCACUUGGAACUAAAGGAGAUGACACAGCCUUGAAUGCAAUAAAGUUAUAUUGUACUGAAUAUGGAAAGAGAGAUGUGGUAGCGACAAUGACAUCUACAAUCGGACCAUGGGGGGACUGGACUUCCAUUUCCUGGUGUCCUCGUGGAAUUAUCAUAAGUUUCUCCUUGAAAGUUGAGAAGAGGCAGGUUUUCGGAGACGACACAGCGGCCAACAACAUCAAGAUGGCAUGUUCAGAUCCCACUACUCUAGAAGGAAAAGGUGGCCCUUGGGGAACUUAUGGGAACUGGAGUGGAGUAUGCGCCAAGGGUUUCUGUGGUAUCCGAACUAAAGUGGAGAAUUCACAAAACGGAGGAGAUGACACCUCGCUCAAUGAUGUCCAGUUUCAAUGCUGUCCAUAGUAGUGAUGGGUUCAUGUAAAUCUGGAUCCAAAUUUGAUCAAUAAAAUGAUAAAUGUUG